AUGUCGGAUAGUGCAAAUCGAAUAACGAAAAUUUCAAUCGACGCGGCGGAUAAUGUGUCGAUUAAGAACAACGAGAUGUGCAAUACAGGAAGCUCCGACUUGAUUAGUGAGUAAAAUAAAAAAAAAUUCUACAGUGCUCGUGGUAUUUUUAAUAUUUCGUGAUGUUAGGUACCUGCAGAACUAAGUAGGCUUGUAAAUUAUUAUAUUCAUCGCCUCUUUUUGUGUCGAGCAGCCCAUCUUCGGAGGGUCUAAUAUAAAAUACAAGUAUUUCCAGUACGGUAAAUAUUAUGUCGUGUACCUGUUAAGUCGAAUUUUGGAUAAUCGCAUACAUUGUUACCGUUGAAUACUGUCUCUACAGGACAGUUGGGAUCGGAAAUCGUUCACUGAAUUCACUGUUAUCACUCGUAUAGAUUAUUAUGUUUACCGAUUUAAGCGUAACAAUUUUUACCAGUCUUAACGAUAAACAUUCGUUUUAUAAACUAGCCGAAAUUUUGUAAAAUUGCCUUUACUCCACUCUUUUACACUAUCUGAAACUGUCGGAAUGUGUUUUAUUUUUAAUCGUACUAAUUGAUUUUUCUCAUUAUUUGAUUCGAAAUAUGAACGUUUAUUUCAAAACUGUCGCCUCGAGCAAUAAAGUAUAUAAUAUCGACUAAGCCUUUUUUUUCGUUUCACUUCAAAAUCAUAUUGGUUUUUAACAUCGAAUCGUCGGUCAUUUUAUCGGUAGCAAUUCGAGCGAAUGACAUACAAUUUAAAUUGCGGGCGAUUUGAGUGCACAGAGUUUAUUAAUUACAAUUAAAACUCGUAAAUAUUACGGUUUCGUUUAACUUUACCCGUGUACUACUCGUUUCCCAUGAGAUAAUUAUUUUUAUUUUUACAAGAUAUUGCCUGCGUGACAUUUGUAUUUGUUCGAAAAUUCAUCCAGAUUAGUAAAAUGUAAAAUUAAUUUUCAACUUAGUAUUGAUUAACUAAACGUUAUCUGCAUAUUGACGAAGAACUAUACCUAUCGAGUGUUUGUUUUUAGGUUAGGCCGAAUAAAGUUCGAGUGGUUUUCGGUUGGGCUAUAUGCCGAAUACAAUGCAGUUAUUUAUAAAAUUAUUUUAAUCGGAUAAUCCUAGAUACAUUAUAUUGUUAAUAACAAUGUGUAAUAAUAAAGUUACAGAUGAGACGAACGACAAUGCGAAAAAUCACUCGAAACCUUAUCUGAAAAACGUAGACGACAAUGGCCAGUCGUCGUCUAUCACGUGUAAAUAUUUGGCCCAACGAUUACCGAUUUUGCAAUGGUUGCCGGUAUAUACGUCGGAAGACUUUGUCGGGGAUCUUCUGGCGGGCAUCACGGUGGGCUUAACUCUCAUACCGCAAUCGAUGUCAUUCGCAAUUCUGGCAGGAUUGCCUCCGCAAGUAAAUACAGCUUUUAACCAGAUCGUCGUAUGGGGUGUAGAAUUAAAACAAUCAACGUAGUACGGAACUAUAAAAUAUCAAUCAUGUAGACGACUUAGGAAAAUUUCCAGUUUCCAUAACUCAGAAAACUUACUUUAAAGUAUCUGGAAAUGUGUUGAUUGAAUCUGUUUAUAUUGAUCUUUUUUUUAAUUUGUCCAGUGGUAUUUUACCUUCUGGUUUCCAUUCUGCUAAUCGUUAUGCUAUAAUUUAACCUCGUUCUUCUUUUUAAAGUACAUACUCCAUAGUUACACUUAAAAUCCUAUACAUUUAGGAGAAUGUACUCUCUUCUCUACAAAAUCCUUUAAUUUCGGAGUUCAUUUUUAUUUCAUAUUCACUAUUUGACAUAAGCAUAUACAAAAAAUUGUGCCCACAAAAAAUAUUAAAUUAUUCUAUAGAAUUUUUUAUUAACAAUGUAUACAAAUUAUGAAAAAAAAAGUUGAUACUACUACUGUUGAAAUUGGGUAGUUGAAAAGAUAGGGUAUACAGGGAAAUUUUGUUUAUACACUACAGUAUUCAAUGAUAAAUGGAUUCCAAGUAGAGUAGCAUUAGUCGUGUAUUGUCCUGUUGUUACGAACGUAACCCAGAAAUCAACACAAAUUAAACAACAAAAAAAAGGACUUAACGGGUAAACUGUAGAAAAUAUCGACAAAUGUUUCAAAUAAAGUACUACAGGGUAGAUAUUCUGCAUCUUAUAAGAUAUGAAAUGAAAAAGAUCAUUUUUACUAUACGUAAAAGUGUUUUGUGAAAGAAAAAACAUAUUACUUCUUUGUUAUAUUCUAAAUAUGAAAUUAAUUAAAAAUAAUAACAUUGAAACUUUAUUACAUAAAUAUUUUCUCAAAUUUUCUCUAUUUCCAGCAAGGUCUUUACGGUUCGAUCAUCGGGAGUAUAUUGUACACUUUCCUGGGGACUUGCAGGGAAAUAUCGAUGGGACCUACGGCAAUCGUGUCGCUAAUGACGUAUAAUACGCUGCGUGGAUUGGGGCCCGUGCACGCUACGACUCUAUGCUUCUUGUCGGGAUUUGUACAAUUGGCAAUAGGCUUAGUGGGAUUAGGUAAACACUAAACAGCAUCAGCUGUAAAAGUGCACGAAUUCAACCGUGCGUGGAUUUCAUUUUAUUUAUUGACGAAUGUGCGGUAGGUUUUUUAAUUGAUUUCAUUUCUGGGCCGGUGAACUCGGGAUUCACGUCGGCCGUCGCGGUGCUCAUCGUCCUAUCGCAGGUCAAAGAUUUGAUCGGCGUAAAAUGUUCGGGAACUACGAUGCUGGACAUGGUCGUAUCGAUAUCCAAAGACAUUACGAAUUAUCGACUGGGCGACACGUGCCUAGGAAUAGUCUGUAUCGUCGUCAUUCUUUUGUUGAGAGUAAGUACAUUGUUAUAAAACUGCGUUAUAUCCGUUUGGCAGCAAUACCUCACAAAUAUGUGGUUUUUUUUUUUAUUGGACAUUUUUUACAAGGUAAUUGGAACGUGUCGAAUCGGUCCGGCGGAUGAGAAUUUACGGAGCAAAUUUCACGUAAUCGCGAACCGAUCCAUGUGGGUAAUCGGUACAUUUAGAAACACGAUUGUGUUGAUUAUCAGCAGCUACGCGAGUUAUCUGUACAUCAAUUCGACGGGGCGUGACCCGACGACGUUCAACAAUCAAUUACCUUUUAAAGUGGUCGGUAUGUAAAAUAAUAAAAAAAUAUACUUUAUGAUGGAAUCUUUACUGCUUCAUAGCUGGAUUAUAUUAUAGUUGUAUUACCCGGUAUUUCCGGGACUCGUCUGGUAAAAAGUGAUAUAGUUAGCAUAGUCCGAUAAAAUAAAAGUACGGCGGAAAAUGGGCGGUGGUUUGAAUUUUUCGUUCAUCAUUUUUCAUUCGGUUUUCGGUAAUACUGCCGCUGAGUUUUUUAAUCCUUCUUAAAAACAGCUAUGGUGCCUUUUUAGUUCGACCCGGAAACACGUUUCACACUAUUUUUAAAACGAGAAUAAAGUUGAUAUGGGGACCGUCAAACGUGUGUCUUCAUACCACUGUUAACACGUACACAGAUUUUACGCGUUAAGUGCGAGCUUAUACGAUAGUCCCAGACGAGUUUUGACAUUUGUCAAUGUAAAUCUGUGCAAUGUUAUAAUGUGAUCUAAGGCACGCCAACGCGCGUUGACAGAGUAAUCGCGUAAUCAUGACGUUAACCACGUGUCGACAACAAGCGCACGAUGAUCAUAUUAUUUUGUUUUAAAACCCGUCGCGACCAUAGAUAAUAAAUAAAUGGCUGACCGUAUACACAGCGCGUUCUGUGACGGAAGAAAAUUCUUGAUACCACAAUGGUUAGAUUAUAAUAUUAUCAGAGUUGCCGGGUAAUCGAUAAUGAUAAAUUAUAAUAGUUCGACAUCGUCACUAACAAUUUAAUAAGUUGUUUGUUGCAUUAACAUCUAGUAAUCUUCGUCAAUUGUAAAAAAAUCAUAAUUUUAAAUAAAAAAAAAAAAAAAACAAAUUUAUGAUAAGUAAUAAGAACUUUGGUUAUUUAAUAUCGUGAUCCGGGAACCAAAGCUACAUUUUGUAAUCAUGAUGGUAACAAGAAUAAUUAUUUUCCGUAAAUGGAUGGACCGAAAAUGUGUUCACUCAAUAUUGAAAACGUAUCAUUAUUUAUUUUUUGACAGUGUUUAGAAAAACGUUUUUUUUUUUUUUGUUGUUUUACCACCCUUUUUGGGAAAAUUGAAAAUCUGACAAAAAAUUAUUUUACGAACAAAUCAAAUAAGUGUACCUAUACCAACAAGAAUUGUAUGUAGCGUUUUUUAUUAAACUGAUUAGGUUAAUACAUUAUCUCAUAGGAACUAGAUAAUUUUCUGGGAUGAAAAGUAUCCUAUGUCCAAUUCCAGAAUCUAAAGUACAAUUAUAUGCCAAAUUUCAUGAAACUCCGUUUAGCCGCUACUGAGCCAGGUGGUAACAAAAUAAACACACACAUAUAAACUUUUGCAUUUUUAAUAUGAUAUUAUAUGACAGUAGGAUGGUAAAUUUUUUUCAGGAAAGAUCCCGUCGGGUUUACCGAAUUUCAAUUUCCCGAAAUUUAGGAUCACCGACGACGAAGGCCGCGUCGACAUCGGAUUUUUCGAGAUCGUCUCCGAGUUAGGUUUCGGGAUCAUCGUGUUGCCGCUAAUUGCGUUGGUGGAAAACAUUUCCAUAUGCAAGACAUUUGGUUUGUAGUAUAAUACAUAGUUAUAGAUUGAUGAACAUUGUUUCCGUUCGGCAUUUAUAACGAUGUACUUUUAGCCAACGGUAAGCCCAUCGACGCAACGCAAGAAUUUUUGGCCAUCGGCUUAUGCAACAUUGGUAAUUCAUUUUUUCACGCGUAUCCUGGAACCGGUUCAUUUUCCAGGAGCGCUGUGUGCUCGGCUAGCGGUGUGCGAACAACUCUGGAAGGUCUAUACGCCGGUGAGAAUAUUAUAUAUGCUAUAUAUUUUCAAUUUUGAUAUAUAUAUAUAUGAAAUAUAUAGGUAUAAAAUGCAUAUUUUAACUAGAGCUGGGAAUGUAAUGCCCCAUAGAACCCCAAAAAUACCUUAAGAAACUACUUUUAUGCUCUAAAAAUUCAAAAUAAGACACCUACAAAAGCAUUUAAGUAUGAAAUAUUUCUUAUUCUUAAUCAAAAAUACACGAAACGAAUUUUUAACAAAACGAGUUACUAAAUUAUAUCUGUUGGUAUGGUCCGAUAAAAUAAUACGAGCACUUAUCUCUUAUUAUAGUUUGUUGUACCUAUACAAAUUUUGCUAGCGUGUAAAAAUCCGAAAAUAAAAUUUCAAACUUGAAUAUUAUAUCCAAAACCCUAAAAUGCUCUAAAAAAAAAAAAUUAAGAAAAUAAUCUAAAAAUAAAAAAUAAAAUUAUAAAAACACAUGAAUGCGUGGAUUUGUAAGAAAACGAGCAUCGCACUAUUAUAAUUUAUAGUAAGCUUUAAAGUAAAGGAUUUAAAAAUAAAUAGAAGUAAAACAGAAAAUCAGUUUGGUAGAAUAGGAUAAAACAGCUAACAAAAAUAAGCGGUUAUUGGCAAGGUUGAUAGUUUUAAGUAUCUUUGAUUUUAUGUACAAAAGGACGAUGGCUUUCACGAGAAUGUGAACCAUUGAAUUAAGUAUUGUUGAAUAAAGUGUAGAGAAAGGGCAAGUGUUUUGUGCGAUAAGCAAAUUUUAAUGAGACUAAAGGAAAGUUCUACAAAAGUGUGGUGAGUUUGAGACUAUGUUGUGUGGAUCGGAGUAUUGGGGGCGGUAGACAAAAUAUUUCAACAUUAAAUUACUGUAGCAUAGAUGAGAAUGUUUAGGUAGAUGAGUGACGAGCAAAGAUAGGAUACGGGAUGAGUGCAUAAAAGGUGUCUUAUACGUGGUUUUGAUAGUAGACCAAAUAAGAGAAAAUAAACUAAGAUGGUUUGGAUAUGUGAGGAAAACUGACAAAAUGGUAGUUGAAUAAUAUAAGGAUACCCAGUCGCCAGUGUAUGCGGGAUAGAAGAUAGUGUCAAGUAGAUGUCAAGAACGAGAAUGGCUGAUCCCAAAUUUAGGUUAGGAUGAAGACGAAGAAGAAGAAUAUAUAAUAUUAUGUCCGCUACUCAUAAAUGUUGUACAUGAAAACGCUUUAGUGAACAUUUUGUGUAACCGAUUUAACAAAGAAAAAAGAAAAAAUAAUUUAAAGAAUUUUGUUAAAUUGUUAAAACGUAAUCAAAAAGUAUUCUCUAAUAUUUAAUUAUUAAAUGAUUAUUUGGUAUUUCGGUGGAAUAUAAAAAAGAAGUCGAGACGUGACUUAAAACAACGUAUAGUAAAAAUAUAUUUUUACUACACGCCAAUAGGCCGUGCUAUACAUGAACAAAAACUAAUAAAGUGAUAGGGUUUCAAAAAAGCGUUUAUAUGUUUUUAUUACAAAGUGUGUAACACUAUAAUCGUAUAAACGUACUAAAUAAACGUACUGUAUAUUAUGUUUAAUCACGGUGGUGUUUUUUUUUUAACCAGGCAUUUUGGUCAUCAUAUCGCUGAUGUUUUGUACGCCCUACAUGAGCUACAUACCGAAAACGACUCUGGCGGCGAUCAUUAUCGGCGCUGUCAUAUUUAUGGUCGAAGUGCGAAUGGUCAAACCGAUAUACCGAUCGAAAAGUAAUAUUAAAUAUGCAUAGUGAAAUAUUAUCAUUUCGCAAAUUUAGUUUUUAAUAACUUUUAUUCGACACCGUUUUAAUGUUAUUCGAUCGAUCAUCAUCACUAUGGUAUAUUAUUUUAAGAAUAACUAAUUAUUCAGGUGAAACGUUAUAAACUUUUAAAUUUAUGUGUAUGUACAUAUAAAGAAAAAUAAAUAAAUAAAUAGUACUAAAAUACUAAAAAAGUUAAACAAAUAAUAAUGAUUACCAACUAAGUUUUUAAAAAAUUAAUCUUUGAACUUAAUAUUCCAUUUUACUAUAAGUAUUUAUAACUUGUAAUUUAUCGUUAUCUGUUUUUUUUUUUUUUAAGGACUGUUGAUAUAUUUCCGAGUGUACUUAGCAGUACUUUAAAUCGCAUUAAUUUAUUCAUUAAAUAGAGUUUUUUUCAGUGACUCCAUUUAUUUUAUCAAACGAGAUAAAUAUAAUUUUAUUUUAUGCACCGGCAUUAAUCUGUAUUGCAAUACAAAUUAAUUAAAUUUAAAAAAAAUUUUAGAAAUGUAUUAACACAGUUAAUAAUUAUUAUUGAUUAUUUAACUAUAUGUAAUUCGUAUUGAAAACAAAAACAAAAAAUAUUUUCUAUUAAUAUGUAAAUGAUUUCAAUAAUACUACUAUAUCUACAGGUAAAAUUACAUUACAUUUAUAAAAAAUAUUGAUCGAUUUUUAAACGGCCAUAAAAUCUCUAUUUUAUUACGAUAUUUUUACAAUUAAAUAAUAAAAACAAACGGUUUCUGAUCCGACAAGAAAUAUGACUCGUCUUCAACAAAUGAAAUUUGAAUUGAAACCAUUUUGUGCUGAUAACUUUUGUUAAAAAAAAAAAAAAUGAAAACCCUAUAAAACUCUAAUAACAAUCGUAUUAUUUUCAUCGUUUAAGUGAUAUUACUAUAAGUAUUAGAGAAAAUUGAUAAAAGUAAUAUAUAUAUAUAUUUUUUUUUCUUUUUGAUAAAUUCAAAAUCGAAUUAGGUGUUCAAAUGUUUAAUAUGAAAAUUGAUACGUAUAGAUACACGUUCCUAAAUGUUUUUUUUUUUUUUUUUUGUCUAUUUAGAAAGUGAUCUGGUUUCCGGUCUAGGAACGUUCUUUGCGUGUUUGUUGCUGCCCAUAGAGAAGGGCAUUUUGAUUGGCAUAGGGUUAAGUUUGAUGUCGAUUAUAUACCAUUCCGCAAGACCCAAGCUUUCGAUAAAAAUAAACACGGUAAGUGCGGAAUAAUUAUAAAUAUCAAACAGUUUGUAACAUUGUGUAAUGUUACAUAACAUUUUACAACAAACGAUGAAAAAAACACCAACAAAAAAUCACAUGUCGAGAUCACCUAGUAAUUUUUCAAAUAUCAGCCGACGAGCUGCAGAUAACAUUAGUAGGUAGGUACUAGGUGAUUUUUCUGUGGAUCGUUUGCUGGGAGCUGUGAUGGGUGCCUGAUAGACCAUUUAGUCCUAUUUCCCUUGCUUGGUUUGAGCGUAGACCAAAUAGAGAAUAACAUCUUGUCACUAGGUCAUUGUUGUGAUAAGGCAUCAGUGAUAUCUAUUGGCGUAAAGUAGAAAACUAUCGUAUUAUUAUUAACGACGUGUGAUAUCAAUGCAAUCACACAAACGAGCUUUCUCGGUUUCCACCACUGUUCUCAGCUGGUGACCUAACAGAUUAAAUAAGCGUCGAAGUAUAUAUUUUGAUAACAUAUUGUAAUUUAUUAGUUUUUGUUUUAUUCAAAUAGAUUGUCACGCCUUUUCCAGUUUUUUAACAACGUGACAUAAUCAAAUCUAUACAUUUUAUUAUUUUUGAUCAUAUUUUAAAAUCGUAUUUUGGUAUUUGUAUUUUGUACAGCUGCAUAUUAAGCAUUUAGAAUGUUUUUUAAGACGCAUACAUUUCUGUGCUAUUCAUUACUAUUAUAAUUUAUAAUAAUAAUUAUCAGUUUUAUUAUACAGACGCCGAGCGGACGGAAUAACUAUCUGAUGAUUACGCCAGACAGGUGCAUACUGUUCCCGUCGGUCGAACACGUGAGAAAUAUUAUCAUCCAAAACAGUUUCAAACAUAAUCUACCGGUAGUCAUCGAUUGUUCGCAUAUUUACGGAGCUGAUUUUACCGCCGCCAAGGUUUUUCGUUUUUAAACAAUAGUAUUAUUAAUAGUUAUAUUAUCAUUCUCUACUACCACAUAUAUACAACUUACAAAUUGCAGCGUAGGUCUCAAUCAUUGAUUUAAACGCAUUCGGUUUCCAGCUUAUAGAAAUAUUGAACAACGAUUUUGCACGGAAGGGCCGAUUGUUAUUUUUCUACAACCUGAAGCCGAGCUUGGUCAAAGUGUUCGAGGGCGCGCUUCCGAAAAACUUCAACAUUCGCAUAUUCAACGACGCCCGGGAUAUCGAUCAGCCAUUGUAG